GUGUCAUCGGGAUCAAACAGUGCCGAACAGUAAACAUGGCUAGGAAGGUCCUUGUCCCUACAGCGUACGAACGUCAAUGCGACGCCAAAACUACCAGUUGUGCUCGAGCUCCCACCGAAACCUCUAUUAUCUAAGCCUCUUCUAAAAGAACAAUGAGCACAAAAGCGUGAUUUUGAACACACAACGAACACCAAGCUGGAAAUUGACAAGUUUUACACAACUCACUUCAACACAUAUCUCCAAACAAUACGUGACAAAAAUAAUUGACGAAGAUUGACAGGUAGAUUGCUUCAGAGCAGCGCGUUGACACACUAUGCGAUCCACUACUUAAUUAACUCCUGUGCUCUGAUUGGCCAAACGGCAAAUCAUCAAUCAAUAUCUUAUAUAGCCAAUUACUUUGAUGUCCAAGGAUGACAACUUUGUCAGUUUGAUUAUCCAAUGAAGGAGUGAAAUAUCGCUAAAGACGCGUUUUGAUUGGAUGGCGGCAAAUGUUCUCUAAUCUAACCAAUUCAUUUACGACAGAAGAGCGCACUGGCUUUGUCUGUAGUCGGCUCGUUUCUUCUGUAUCUACACCUUUCAUUGUGUAGUAUUUAAUAUUUCAGAAGGUCUACCGCACACACACACAGACCAGAUAUGCCGACACGAACACUCGCUCUAAAAGCAACAGAGUCUUCGGCAGAGAUAUCUCGUUCUAGCAAUCGAGUUCCACUGGAGGCUUUACAAAUGUUGACGCAAAGUGUCUCAAAGUGUAAUCAAGAGUAUAUCCAACCACUUCCAUUCAAGGAUGAAGACCAAAAGAAAUCUCCUUUGGCCCUGCUAGCGGCGACUUGUAGCAGCAUUGGCAAAACCGAGCCAUCAAAGGAAACAGCAGAAGAUAACGCAUCUCGAGACCGAAAGAUAAGCGACGACGAAACCAGAUCUUCCUUCAAACCGUACAAACACACCGCCGGCGAAAAAGUCGACGAUAUGAACAACGAAAAGGCAGGCUUUCGCGCUCCGAGUAAGGAAAAUAAUACCUCUCUUUCGCCUGUUACGAGCGGCAAAGAGGAACGAGUGAAAAGUACAUCGCUUCAGUACCCGUCGAGCGAUGACAGCCAAUGUGGAAACCACUCCGCGUCUCAAAAUAGGGUUUGUGGUAUGUUUCUUGAUCCAAGCCAACAGGCCUUUGGCGUUCAUUCAUUGCACAAAGACUACGGUGCUGGUUGUGUCCAUCCAGCAUCAAUUUUGCCGUUCAAGACCGGAACUAUACAACCUUAUCCCAUGCCAACAGGGCAAGAUCCAGUCUCUCCUAGUCUUAAAACCCAUGGUUUGGCAUCGUCUAUGCCGCUUAAUUUCCCCACUAGUUUUCCUCAAUGUGGCUGUGGCUAUUGCUCUCCGCACCCUGGGGACGCAUCCCCAGCGCUGAGCAGCAUCGGUGCUGGACGACACCAGUUCCAACUACAUAGCCCGGGAAGCACACCGUACAUGGACUAUCUUCAAAGAACUGUGUGCCGUGAUGUGAAUUGUACGAACUGUAAACCGCAGUUUUCGCCGUAUGCAUUUCCAAGUUCUAUGCCACAGUGUGGACCCCACUGUACGCAGUGCGACAAUGUCAAAACAGAGCAAAACCUACAAUCGUCUUUUUCAUGUUUUGGAUACCCACAUAGCAUGGCCCUGUACAAACCUGGUACAACGGACGAGGCCUCCCCGUACGUCUGUAACUGGGUGGCGGGGAGCAAACACUGUGGAAAAUCGUUCACAACCUCGGAAGAUUUAUUUCAACAUCUGCGAACCCACACUCAGGCUAGUACACAAGGAAGUUCACCAUAUGCACAAACGAAUUGUAACAUUCACGGAUGUCCAUGCAAGUUAAGAACAAGUCCAUUACAGUCGAACCUACAUUCCGCGAGAUAUCGACCCUAUUAUUAUAAGCCACCGGUAUUUCCACCGGCCCCCACAAGUUGCUAUUCACCGUAUCCACUACAUGCUUACGAAGCGCACAGACUUUUCAAAUGAACGAUGAAGAAAAAUAGCUGGCUAGUUUGGAAAUUAUGCAUUUGAAACUUGUAAAAAGAGUACGUUCUUUAUUUGUGUGAAGUCAAUGACGAGUGCUUGUAUGAAUUUGGAGUUAGCGGAAACUGUUCUGGUGAUUCUAGUGAUUUUUAAACAAAGGCGAAACAGAGCACUCGAGAUGCUAACUGUUGUAUAUGAGGAAAUAUGGAUGGUUUGGGUGUUAAUAAGGAUAUAUUUUCCCGUAUUCUUUCGCGGAUAUUAUUGUUGGUUUAAUGGGAGAAUAAUUCUAGCACUUAGAAUAAAAAGCUCAAUGGUUUCGGCGACAACCAUUCGGCGCGCAAGUGUAAAGUUUGUAAGAUAAAGGGAAAUGCGUGUACUCAAUGAAUAAAACAUGUUAUUUUAGGUUAAAA